AUGCUCGAAAAUGCGGUUUUGGUACUGAAUAUGAGUGGGGGAAAGGUUUUCGUGCUAGUACCCCUACAUAUAUUAUUCCAGCUGACCCCUUCUUUAAUCAAAGCUUAUGGAGACCAAAGUCGCUAUCGGUUGUAUUUGGAAUCAGAAUACGCUCUGCAAACAAUCAGCACUCAGCUAGUUUCGCAGGCAAUUGAGCUGGUGGACUAUAUGGUGGAAGAUCUGAUCGUCUUGGACUCGCAGAACUCCAUUCUGUUGGGCUACUUGGAUCGUUUCGACGCCUUCACUGCCGUAGAUGCGAAUAAAACCGAGCAGAAGCUAAAUGCCUUCUAUGGCUUGAUUGAGGAGUAUCUAGAUUCGGAUACCACGGGGGAUCCACUGAGAACUUCCAGUAUCGAGACCCAGUUGAUUGCCCUUUGCCUGCAGCGCAACGGAUUCGAUCGAUGGAAGCGCACGGUUCAGACCCGGACAGCCCAGCUCCAAAAGCUAAUAUACCGGAAGUUGAGUAAAUUAACGAAGUCUUCUUACUGUUAUUUUUUGUACUUUAAAUUUGAAUUUUGGUUGCCUUGUAUUAAGUUAAUAGAUAGCAUUUCAAAAUUAAGCUAG